CCACAUUGGACUGACUCAUUGAAAUAAUAUAAACGUACAUAAUGUUAUUUGAACAAUGCCGGCGUCGCGGGUGUUAUUUGGGUCUCGUUUAGGCGGUCUGGUUCCGCCGACUCGUCCCGACCCAGAAUGCAUUUUGACGAUCUCUUUGAAAAAGCGGCGCGGCUGAUUCAAGAUGGCGGAGAUGGAGCAGCUGUUAGACGAGAGCUCUUCGGCAGAGGCACUCGUCAGUCUAAAAGAGGGUAGUUUGGCCAACUCUCUGAAUGAAAAGAACAUCUUCCCAAGAGCUCACAACACCAGGGGACGUCAGUCCUCCUUCACAAUGGACACGCCCACCCGAGGCUCGAAGAGAAGUCGGUAUGAGGAGGAUCAGCCACAGCAGCGUCUUCCUUCCAGAUCCCCCAGAAGGAGUCAGAGGGUCAACACCACACCACAGAAAUUCACUAAUUUGGUGACUCCAGAUAAAAAGUCAUCCCAGAGAAUAGGGCUGAGGUUAAGGAACCUUCUAAAGCUGCCCAAAGCUCACAAAUGGUGCAUCUACGAAUGGUUCUAUUCCAACAUUGACAGGCCUCUUUUUGAGGGCGACAAUGAAUUCUGUCUGUGUCUGAAGGAGACUUUUCCCACUUUAAAAACAAGGAAGUUGACUCGAGUCGAGUGGGGCACAAUCCGGAGACUGAUGGGGAAACCCAGACGGUGUUCAUCGGCAUUCUUUUCCGAGGAGCGGACGGCACUAAGACAAAAGCGACAGAAGAUGCGCCUGCUGCAGCAAAGGAAAUUGUCUGACGUAUCCACCUGCAAAGACCUUCCUGAUGAGAUCCCACUUCCACUCAUCAUAGGCACCAAAGUCACUGCUCGACUUCGAGGGGUCCAUGACGGGUUGUUCACUGGCCAGAUCGAUGCAGUCGACACGAGUGCCGCCACCUACCGCGUGACCUUUGACCGCAGUGGCCUAGGAACACAUACUGUGCCUGACUAUGAAGUUCUGAGUAAUGAGCCUAAUGAGACGAUGCCUAUUUCCGCCUUUGCCCAGAAGCACCGGGCAACACGUUACAUACAGAAUCUCAUGACUCCACCCAGAGGGCCCUACCCGUCCGCUACCACCCCUGUCCUUAUGGACCACGACCCUCUUAUCAACCAAUCUACGUGUAGGAGCAAGCUGCCGGGUGCAGACGGAGACACCCUGGGUGGAUUUCCUGUCAAGUUCUUGGUCCAAGUGACAAGGUUGUCCAAAAUCUUGAUGGUCAAGAAAGAGCAUAUAAAGCACUUAAAAGAAAUGAACUCCGAAGCAGAGAAGCUGAAGUCGUACUCUAUGCCUAUUGACCGUGACUUCCAGAAGCGCUACGCCACCACAGUUCUUGAACUGGAGCAGCUCAAUAAGGAUCUUAAUAAAGUCCUCCACGAAGUACAGAAGUUCUGUUGUGAGCUCUCUCCAGAUCAGGGCGUGCUUCCUGCUGACCAUCCGCCUGACCUGCGGCGGCACUGUGAGGAUGAAGCCCAGCAGAUGCUGCAGCUUAGCGACUCCUUCAAGGAUGCGCCGCAGAGCGUGCCCAAUUCCGGUCUCACACACCUUGUUUCCCGUCUCACAGCGCUGCUGCUACAAAUCAAGUGUCUGGCAGACGGAGGAGACCUGAAUUCAUUUGAGUUCAAAUCUCUCACGGACUCCCUCAAUGACAUCAAAGCGUCCAUUGAUCCAUCCAACCUCAGCUGCUUCCAGAACAACGUGGAGAUCCACGUGGCCCACAUCCAGAGCGGCUUGAGUCAGCUAGGCAAUCUGCAUGCGUUUGCAGCCAACAACACCAACGCGGUGUGAGUGUGUCGUCUCCACGCCCCAGGUGCACGCAAACACACAAGUCUGAGUGCAUGUGUACACCAUCCUUGUUUGGACGCUUCCAUCCAAUGAAAUAGCUCAGUGGAAGGACUUCCUGAAACGUUUCACCUUCCGGUUUUAGCCUUUGAAAUUGUUUGAAAAUGCUUUUGCCACCAAACUCACAUCUCCAAUAAUUUGUUGCUUCCACGUGCCAAACAUUGAGUUUUAUAGUUGCUAUUUAUUUAUUUCAAUACUUUGUGUGUAAUGGUUAUGCAAGUACGGUAGGUUAUUUGCUUUUCUUUGGGUGUUCCACUGACAGGAAAGCACAGUACAAGCUAAAGAAUAUUUUAUAAAAGUGUUUAUUGUAGAUAAUUGUACAAUAUCUGUCAUUCAAUGGUGUUGUGGUCAACAUUUUUGGUGUAUAUUCAGAAAUGGAUUUUGUAAAUUUUUGUGUGCACUCAAAAAAAGAGACGUUGGUAUUUUUAUAAAGGACAAUUCCUGGC